UCUACUUCUAACUAACUUAAGGUUCUUAUUUCCUUCACAUUCUAACAUGACUCAGCAGAAUGUCGUAGUCUCUGAAACCAAAUCAGGAAUCAACGCUGCUAUUACAAUGACACAAAAGCCACCCGCACCACCCGCUGGUUACAUUCCUAUUCCAAGAAGGAGAAUUUUGAAGAACCUUGAAAUCAACGCUGGACAGAGAAUCAAUACAUGUAUUGAUUCUAUGAGAGCUUCUUCUCCAACUCAUGUUAAAUCAACACCUUCUUUCGCUGAAGAAUACAACUCUUGGAUUCUUCGGCACCCAUCAGCAUUAGACAUGUUUGAACAAAUUAAGGAUGCAUCAAAGGGAAAACAAAUUGUCAUGUUUUUGGACUAUGAUGGUACUUUGUCUCCUAUUGUUGAUGACCCUGACCGUGCUUUCAUGUCGGAAUCGAUGAGGAAAACAGUGAGGAAGCUUGCAAGGUGUUUUCCUACUGCAAUUGUUACUGGAAGAUGCAUAGACAAAGUUUACAAUUUCAUUCGCUUGGCUGAGCUAUAUUAUGCUGGAAGCCAUGGUAUGGAUAUUAAAGGGCCAACAAAAGAGUCCAAAUACAACAAAAAUAACAAAGCAGAGGCACUUCUUUUUCAACCUGCCAGAGAAUUUGUUCCUAUGAUAAAUGAGGUAUACCAAAAAUUAGUUGAGAAAACAAAAUCAACUCCUGGUGUCAUAGUCGAGAAUCACAAAUUUUGCGCCUCUGUUCAUUUUCGCUGUGUUGAUGAAAAGAGAUGGAUUGAAUUAGCACAGCAAGUGAAAUCUGUGUUAAAAGAAUACCCGAAACUUCAUCUUACCCAUGGAAGAAAGGUAUUGGAGAUUCGUCCCUCUAUUAAAUGGGACAAGGGGAAAGCCUUGGAAUUUUUGUUAGAGACACUUGGAUUUGCCAACUGUAACGAUGUAUUUCCUGUAUAUAUUGGUGAUGAUAAAACCGAUGAAGAUGCAUUCAAGAAAUUAAGUGACAGAGGACAAGGUUUUGGAAUUUUGGUCUCUAAAUUUCCAAAGGAAACUACUGCAUCAUACUCUUUACAAGAACCCAAUGAGGUUAUGGAAUUCCUUCAACGUUUGGUGGUGUGGAAAAAAGUAACUCCACGAUCACGUUCCCGGGUGUAAAUGAAAACAAGACAUUGUACAUCCCUAUCUACGGACAUAAAAUACAUGACGACCUUUUUUUUCUCUACUAUGUUUUGUUUAGAUUAGAAGAAAUUAAGAGCUAAAAUGUAUGAAAAAAAGAGAAAGAAAGACAAAAGUGUCUUUCUCAAUUUGAAGCUCGAUUGUCUACAUUGAUGUAAUUAGUACGGGGAAAAGUAUAUGUAUGUACCAUGAUCAGAUGUAAUGUAAUUCUGAAUGGAUUAAAUUUGUGCUCUUCCAAUAUGAUUAAAUAUAUUAUAAGUUACUUAUC